GAGAUAAAUUUGUGCAACAAAUCCUGAUGAGUUGACAAACUAGUGAGAAAGUGAAACGCAGAGAAAGUGCCGGCCACCCUCCGCUUUUUCGGUGAAUAAGUGUGGUGUUUACGCAAGCAGCCAUUUAUGGCACACAAGAAAGUAGUUACAGCUUUAUUCUGUGGUCACUUUAGAAAACGUGUUGUAAACGAAACCGUCGUCUGCUGAAAUCGACAGUGGCUUAUAACACGUUGGGCCGAGAGAAAAUGGCGGACACGCCUGACAACGGGAGUCAGGGACAAGAUGAAGUCAACGACGUUAUUCAAAUUGUUAAUGAAGACAAUGGGUUUCACUGUGACAUAAACGAAGAAGAAACACAUGAUCUCCCGAAGUCGUUGAUCGUCACAAAUGUUGCGGACGAAGUGUAUGAAAGCGAUGAAGUGAAAGCAGAAUUUGAAGCCACAUUUAGACAGUACCAUCCAGAUGCCACUUUCAACUACCUCAAAAGUUUUCGACGAGCACGGGUGAAUUACACAUCAGCUGCCGUGGCAACGAGGGCAAGAAUCCAUUUUAAUGAAAAUCAAAUUUGUGGAAAAACUGUCAAGUGCUAUUUUGUACAGCCUAAAUCUGAGCAGAUGUCUAACACAGGCCCUAACCUGAUGCCCCCUGCCCCAGAGAAACAGUUCCUCAUAUCCCCUCCUGCUUCCCCUCCUGUGGGCUGGGAACCUGUGCCCGAGGCCUCACCUAUAGUCAACUACGAUCUCAUAGCGGCUCUCUCCAAACUCACUCCAGGUGAGACGCAUGAGCUUCACCCCCAAUCCAGCAAUCAGCCAGGUAUUGUAGUUCACCUGUGUGAGGAGCAAGACCCCUCAGUCUGUCCCCGACCCACAAUUGUGCAGACACGCUGUCCAGACAGAUCAUGAGGGAGGACCCAAAUGUCUCCCAACACUACAGAUAGGGCAUAAUGAUGACUGCUACUCAACCAGCUGCCCAUAUCAUCUCGGUUAGAAGUUUUGUCUUCUUUAACAGAUUCGCAGCGUGGAAUUUGUUGAUUCUGAAAGAUGAUUAAGGUAGAAUAGUUUUUCUGGAUGAUCAACACUACAGCGUGGUUUUCCCUUGACCUUGGGCAUCUCAGCUCGGUUUUCCAUGAUUUUCUCUGUGAUGAGGUGUUCAGCCUGGUUUUCCGCGUAGCUUCUGGAACUGAAUUUUCCAGAUGGUGAAUAAUUCUGCUUGCGUGUUAAGGGUUAUCAUGGUUGUGAACAGUUCAGUUUGGUUUCCAAUGGGUUUUCAGGCGGUGAACAGCUCAGCUUGGUUUCCCAUGGGUUAUCAGGCAGUGAACAGUUCAGUUUGGAUUUUUAUAGUUCUCUUAGGCUAUGAACAGUUAGCUUGGUUUUUACUUACCAAACAAGUCAGCUUGUUUUUCAAUGGUAUUCAAAGUUAUGAAAAUUCAACUUGUUUAUCCAUUGUUUUUCAAGUGAUGAAUUGUUUGGUUUGAUUUUCCAUGGUUCUGUUAUGGAGUACGUACAUAUACAUGUUGAGUGUACCACUGAGGACAAGUACAGUAGUCCGUUUGGCACAUUUGUGAAUGACAUUUGGUGCUGUUUGUGGUGAAAUACUGACCACAGUUAAGUUCAUUACUCUUGUCUUUAGGUGUGGCCUACAAGGUUUCUUUGUAACAGUUUAAUGGUGUAUGAGAACAGCAAAGUUUAAGUCUGGAUGCUCUUUUUUAGUUUUCUCUGUCUCAUUUUAUUUCAUUUCAUUUGUAUUGUAGUCUGAAUUUCUUUCAGUAUCUUCCUGUUAAAAUCCUCUGUUAAAUUUUAUUUGGCAGAACGAAUUAUUGGUCUUACUUUUUAUUGUUCUUUCCGAUUUCAAGUAUCAAGUUUAAUUAUCUCACAGGUAGUUGUCUCCUUUUCUGUUAGCAUGGGAUAAAAUAGGAUACUUGCCUUUUUUGAUUUAUACUGGAGCUAACUUUGUAUGAUACUUGUACAUCAUUGUAACAUGUGUCUCAUAUGCAAGAUACAAUUGUCUCAAAUGCAUUUGUUUCACCCAGAAAUUGACAGUUCAUUUCACUCAUUGUUUGUCUGUUAUAGACUGGGUGCAUUUAUUCUCAAACCCAGAUGUGUGAUCAUAUUACAUGCAAGCACCUUUGCAUAUUGUAUAUUCAUGUACAUAUACUUAUGUUUUGCAUUACUGUAUCAAGUGAUGUACAGUGUACUCACUACAUUGUGUCAUUGCAGCGCUUUGUUCAUGGAUGCUAAAUAUCAUUUUCUGCAAUUAAUUGGAUGAUUUUGUUAACAUUCAAAAUCUGUUUAGAAGUGAUAUCUCCGCUUUUGAUAUCUUUAAGUUGAUAGUGAAGGAACUGUACUGUUUAGUACUUCUGAUACAGGCGUGAAGGAGUUUUACAAGCUCCCCAUUGACUUUGUGGUUGAGAAGUUUCGUUCAUUGAUGUAUAGUCAUGUACUGAUGAAUCUGUAGUUAGCAAUGUAACCUGACAAUCUAAUUUGACUCCCUUAAUAUUUACUUAAUUACUUAUGAGCUAUUUAUUUUUUCAUGCUAUUUUGCUAAUCAGCAUUAUAUUCCUUGUCUCAGAGACAAUAAAAAUCGAAUCUUUCAAAUAAGAUUUUUGAUUUGUCUGUCUGUGUAUGGGGUGAAAUGCAAUGAUUUUUGUUUGUAUGGUAACUGUAAUGUAGCUGUUUUCAUGAAGAUUGAGUUCUUUUUUCCACAUAUGAAUGUGUGUACAUAUGUUCCUACUCUCAAAAGGUUUUAUACAAUGCCAAUAAACUUGUCUCCUGAGAUUUUAUUACAAGACUAUUAUUAUAUUAAACAUGUCAGAAAUCACCUUCUUUUGAAGUGGAUAUAGAAAGAAAAAUCUGUUUUGUUGUUUAUUUUUUUGAUGAGCAGCAAUCUUAUUAAACUCCCCAUGAUGUGUAGUUACAUCACCUAUUACUAAUGUGUCUACUCUACUUGAGGUGAGGGCAUAUUCCUUCACAUAAAAUAUUCUAAAUAAUGAUAAAGGUUCUAGGAAAUUUUGUACAAAAACAGUGUUUUACAUCCUAAAUAGGGGGAAGCAGAAGACAU